GAAAUUACAAAACCAUAUAAAAUUUUUCAAAAUUUCACUACAUAUUAUUUCAACAAUAUAGUUUUGUAAUAUACAGAUAAUUCUAAAAAAAAAAAAAAAUCAGCUCUAUGCAAUAAAAAUAUAAAUGAUUUUUAAAGCAGUUAGUGACCUUUCACAGCCUGAGUUUCUUCUUGAAUUUCACUCUUGGUCCAGCUUUUUUUUUUAAAUAAAUUUUCAGCUCUCGAUCAUCAAGACUAUACAGACUUUCCUUGUCAAUUUAUUCAACUGUAAUUAAAGAGUCAGUUGCAAAAGUAAGAACUGCUCUUAAUGGCUUCAGAAAUUGUCUUUUAAAUUAUUUUUAAAGAGUGGAAUAGCUAUGGGAACUGCUGAAUGAGCUGAAUGCAUGUGUAGAUUUAAUCUAACUCUCACUCUUCUGUUUUGACCUCAGGACCUGGCGUUCACAUAUUGGGACAUGACAUUGUGGGUUGUCUAGACCACAAUACUAAAUAUUGCUCUUUCAAAUGAGCCACAUUGCUCAAAGGGGCACAAUUGCUGUUUUUCAUUUUGUUUUUAUACGAAAAAUGUUGCUGUGUUCAGACACCAAAUAAAGAGUUUUGCACAUCAUUACUUAAUUGUGACUUUAUAGUGUUCUAUUGAAUACUAUAAAGCCAAACAGCAAAGAGAAACUAAAAAUGCAUGCCAUGAAAGAGUUUGGGUCUUAGGAGGUUAACACAUUUUGUAUAGUAUAAAGAAAAUCUUCAGCGUUCUUGUACUCUCUGAAUGGAAAAUGCCAAGGCUGUGGGAUGGAAGGGUAAUGGGAUUGCUGCAGCAUGCAAAAAAGUAGAUAGAUAAAGAUGUCUGAAAUAGUUAAACAUUAUUUCAGAUGUUAUUUUUGUCCAAAAUGUGAGAUGUAAUGUGUGAUUAAAUAAGUAAAAAUAAUCUCUGUCAUAUCUGUGUAACCUGCCAAAAAGGAAUUUCGGAUAUUUCUAUGUGUGUUUUUUGUGUUUAAUAUCUUUACUUUAAAUUUAAAAUCAAUCCAGUACUUUUUGGUCACAUGUAUGCCUAAAGAACAGUAAUGUUAUAUAUGUCACAGUUUCUGCUGCCUUCAUGUAGAGAUGGCUCUUUAAAAAGACAUUGUUAAUGUCAAAGAGAAUUUGUAUCCAGAUAAUGUCGCGGUCUGUGAUGGUAGACUGUGGGGAUGUGGGGAAAUCAGGACCUGCAUUUAUUUACAGUGAUGUAAAUAUUACACAGUGUGUGUGGGUGAGGAUACAGCCGCACCCACACACACACACACACACACACACACACAUCCCUGCCAUCCCCCGCAAUCAUCUUUAAAAAAACAAAAAAAAUACUGAACUCACUUUUUCCACAACAUAUGGUAUACAUCUUUCUCAGCUGUGUGGACCUGUGGUGGGAGGGGGUGGGAUUAAAUAAGUGUAUGCUUCUUCCCACUCCUUUUCGAUAUGGAACUGAAUCAGAACAGUUGAAGCAAUAUUGAAAUGUAUUCGCUUUAUUUUGUAUAUAAUUUUUUUCUCUUCUUUUCUUUGCAAAAUGAACUUUGUAUAUUGUUUACAUGACCGAAAUAAAUUAACAAAUAAACCAGUUCAGUCCAGUUCAGGCUGAUUAUUCUUGUGUGCAGCUGGGUCUGCUAGUUCAAAGAUUUCAUAGAAUGUGGCAAGAGGAAUGGAAUGCUAUGUACACUUUAUGUCCUACUCCCUAAACUUCCCCACCCCCAAUAUCGGGGCGCAUCCCACAGCUCUGGACUGCAGAAGAAUGUUGUAGCACUCAUGUUUUUAGUAAAAGACUUUAUGUUUUACAGUUAACAGAUCAUAUCUUGGUCCAGCCCAGAGUUGAUCAUGACCAAUUGGCCAAUCCACCACCUUUCAUUGUUUAUACUGUUAUAAUGAAAAAAAACAUUGGCCCAUAAAAGUGAAAAAUCACCAUCGGCCCACCAGGCAAAUGCCAGGUAUGCCCGAUGGCCAGUUUAGCUGUGCCUCUUGUGAAAAAAGGAAUAACUGUAACAAGUUUUUUUUUUUAAACGCUGGCUGGGGGGGUUGUUACCCCCUCUCUCAGCCACUCCCAUCUGCCCUGCACAAACACCACCUCUUUCUGCUUUUCUUUGUUCUCAGUUCUGCUUUACCCUGCAUCUGCUUUACUCAUGUUGGAUUGACCUUUCUAUCAUCCAGUUUAUUUUUAACCUAUUUUUAUUCGGUUUUUAUCUGUUUUAAUCUGUUUUCAGACUUUUUACUUUUUUCCUGCCUGUUUACUGUUCGUGUCUCACUGCUUGCUUCACAUCUCCCUCAGCAGCCUUUUCCUGCUUUACUUUCAACAAAAGGUGAACUGUUGAACUUUUAAUCUGAAUUUAAUAUCAGUGUGUCUGAUUAUAUAGGCGUUAAAGGAGAAGUUAAAUAUUACAUUUUAUAUUUCAGUUUCAUUUCUAGGUCAUGGACGAUUUCGUAAGAAACAAACUGCUUGAAUGGGGCCUAAGUGAUUUGGAGGAACGACUUGAAGCUAAUAAAGUCACAGAGGAAAGCCUUUUUUGUAUUACCAAUGAAGACUUAACUGAGUUAAUCCCUGAAGUUGGUCUAAGGUCAAUAUUCAGAAGGAGACUUGAUCAAUUAAAGAAAGAACAAAACAAAAGGCAAGAAACACCUGAUUUUUCUGGUCAGGUUUCACCAUCCACAAGUUCAAAAGGAAAAAGAAAGUCAGAGCCUCAGGGGGAGUCCAGCAAAUUGCAACCACCAACUAAAAGACAAUGUGACUCAGAAGAAACAAGAAUAUUGUCUGAAGUGAAAGGCAUAAUGAAAAAAGUCGAGGACUGUAUAAGAAACAAAGAACAGCUUGGUGAUUUUAUAAAGGAUAAAAUCAAGGAUUUGGAGACAGAAAAGAGGCACCUGGUUGGUGUCUUUGGUAAAACCGGGGCUGGAAAGAGCUCUUUAAUCAAUGCCAUCAUUAAUAAUGAGGGCCUGUUGCCUUCUGGAAGUGUCAGUGCAUGUACCUCAGUAAUGAUAAAGGUGGAGGCUACCAAUGGAUCAAAGUAUGAGGCACACAUCGAGUUCAUUACAAAAGAGGCUUGGAAAAGUGAGGUGGACUCACUAAAACAGGCUUUUGAAGACAACGACAAUGAUUAUGAUGAUGGUGGUAAUGAUGUUGUAUUUGACCCUGAUGGAAAGUUAUCAGCGCUGUAUGGAGACGAGUGGAAAGAAAAAAACACUGGCAGCCUCAUUGACAACAACAAAUAUUUCCCAGAUAUUCCAGAGUUUCGAAAGUCCAAGAUAAAAAUAUUGGAAAGUGAUUCAGCUGAAGGGUUGUCUGAAGAAUUUGUGAAAUAUACAAGAAGUGAGUCAAAUGAGAGCGAAGAAGUAAAGAGGUGGUACUGGCCGCUUGUGAAGUGUGUGACUGUCAAAGUGCCAGACAAUGAUUUUCUUGAUCACGUCACACUCGUGGACCUUCCUGGAAACGGUGACACUAACAGUAGCAGGGAUAGAAUGUGGACAGAGUUUGUUGCCAGUUGUUCAACUGUGUGGAUUGUGACUGAAAUGAAUCGAGCAGCAUCAGAAACAGAAGCCUGGGAGAUCCUGGAAGAUGCCAGUAGCCUGCUGGGAAAUGGUGGCGAGUGUCAGCAAAUUCAUUUUAUCUGCACCAAGUCAGAUAAUGAAAACCCAGAUGAUCUAAACAAAGUCAAGAAUGCAGUGAUGAAUGAAUUCAAAAAGCGGAAAUUAAUUAAGGAUCACUUCAGUGAGGAUAGUUUCAAAGUCUUCACAGUGAGCUCCAAAGAGUUCCUCAAAGGGGAGAAUGUAAAUCCAGAUCUCAAUGAAAUACCAAAACUUAAGGAAAUUUUGAAAAAUCUGAAUGACACUCAUUCAAAGACCUUAAACUAUGUGUCUGGAGCUUAUGGGAUUCUGUCUUUGAUUCAAGGGGCCAGAAGUGGAGAAGUGGUUGAACAAAAAAACGAUGUGUGUGCGGACCUUGAGGGAAACUUGAGCAUCCAACUUAAUCAAGUCAAAAAAGCAAUUGAAGGCAUUAUAAAAGUUUUUGAAGAACGCCUAAGUGAGGGAGUAGAAAAAUCCCAAACUUUAUGUAAACAAAAACUGAGGUCCUUCUUACACCCCAGUAAAACGAGUGACAGAGCUUUUCACAGGACACUAAAGUUUGCAGUUAGGAAUGAUGGCGUCCAGAAACCAAAAAAAGGGAAACGAAAAAACCUCAACGUGACUUUAGUUUCUUGUUUGACUGAAAGCAUUGAUAAAGAAUUCAGAAAGACCUUCCCAAACAACAUAAAAUGUGGACAUUUCAAUGGAGCCAUUGAUGCGUUUUCACUCAGCACUGAUUCAUUGAUUGAAAAGUACAAAGAUGUUGAACUGCAACUGACAUUUCUCCAGACAGAGGAGAAAAAAAUGAAGACAAAGCUCAACGAAACAAUCCUCACACGAAAGAAAUUAAUCUACAAUAGUCUGACAGAGACAAUCAAGGACAACAUGAAAGAAUGCUAUAAAGAAGCAGCAACAUUUAAAGGAACAGGCACCCUGAAGAACAUGAGGGACACUAUUGAGAGACAUGUGGAGUCAAAGAUGGACAUGUUUGAGGAGGCAAAAAAUGUCAUGUUGGAGCAGUUGAACGAUUUGAAGGAAACUGUCCUGAGGGAACUGGAGAAAACCAUGAAGGAAUCCAUUGAACACUCACUCAAGACUGAGGCCUGCUCACUGCCAGAUGUUUCAGAUCAUCUUCGGGUGGUGAAGAAACUUUAUGAUGAACUUCAUGACGGUCAAGUUGAAAAAAAAAAACCUACACUGGAAACAGCUGAGGCCUGAUGACCCACAGGACAUCCCUGAGGAAACACUGAUAGAGACAGGAGGUCUUUACAUAUUAUCACAGUAAUUUUUGUUUAGCUCUCUUUGAAUAUUAUGUUGAUGUGUACUUUUGACUUUUAAUAAAUUUAUAUACAAAGAGCAUUUUGAAUAUUAUAGAUAUCAAUUAAAAAUGCUAAACCAUGGUCUAAACCAUGUUUUGAUUUCUUUCUUUUUUUAAAAAAAAUUAGUAGUACCUUUUUAAUCACUUAUAGCAGAGCGUGAAGACAUGUAAUGCAUUCCCCAUUUAAACCUGAGAUUUAUGGUUUUAAUUGUAAGAGUCUGAGAUUACAGUUUCCAAAAGCUUUUUGAUUUUGUUGCUUGUUUUAAAUAUCAUAAUUUAAUGUUUUAAGUUGAUGUGUAUACUGUGGGUUCAUUGUGAUGGGAGCAUUUAUUUUUAAUGUAAGUGCUUAUCAGUUAAAUACUGAGCCUUAUCCAGCACUUAACUUCAUAGUUCUAAAUCCAAAUACUUGUUUGUUGUAGUUAUAACAUGUGUGUACAUGACAAAUAGUGAGAAAUAGGCGUAAGUAAUGUUGUAGGAAAUCAGCAACUACUUCAGUCAUCUUCCUGCCAUUUUGCUUUUUCUGGGCUUAGAAUUAUUGGUGAAUAUAUUACAGUUUGGGUUUCAGUUCAGGGUUUUGA